GGGGGGUGGCCGUAAGGUGAAGGUUGUUGCCGUGGGUUCAUUAAAAGACAGAGUUCAACUCCUCGCGGCCGCAGAGCGCUGCUGGGAGGCUGGUUUGGCAGUGCGAGAAGGGGAAGAGAAGAGCGAUAGAAAAUAGAAGUUCAUGUGCUGAAAACUCCGGGGGGAGAGGCGGCGGUCGCUUAAAAGCGCACUCCGAGGAGCGGGACAGGAGCAGCGAGGCGAGGGCAAGCUGCGCGCUCCCGAGGCCCGCCGAGGAGGAGGACGAUGCUGCGCGCGGUGGCCGUGCUGCUGGCAGCGCUCUGCUUCCACGCUGCCGUCCCGCAAACUACAAAUCUGAACCUUCCUCCUGAAGAUCUUGAUUCUUCCGGUGACGACGAUGAUGGAUUCUCAGGUUCAGGUGCAGGUCCCCUACCUGAUCAGUCUCUCACUUGGAGAACAGCAACAGAUCCGACUAAUUCCUCAUUACUGGCAACACCAGGGGUUUUCAAUGAAAAGCUGUUUCCUGGGAUUGAGAGCCGAACUGAAAAGAAAGUAACAACUCCACCUGCAACUAGUCGUGUAGUGACAGAGGAGCCAGUUGUAGCUGUGAAGGAUGAAACACCCUUGUUGGGCUCACCUGAUGAGAAGCCCACAGACAACACAGUUGUAACAACAGCAAGAAGUCCUACUACUCGCUUCCCUUCGGUGCUUCAUGUAACUCCUUCAGAAGCCUCAGGCACAGUCCGUGAGCUCAAACCUAAAACCCCUGGCUCUGAGAUGCCAGGCACUAAAGAUGUGCCUGAGACCAACUCUACCACCCAUCCGGAGGGGGACAUCGCUGCUGCUCCCACAACAGCUCCAGGCGACCUUGCUCCUACACAUGAGGAGGUUUCUGAAGUUGGCUCAGGAGACCCGGGAGACUUCAUCUUGAUUAAAGAUGAGGACUUGUUCCCUACCCAGGAUUCUGAAGUGCCGGCUGACUCUGGGAGGAAUGCCAAAGCAGCGGGAGCCUCGGGAAUUAUGGACAGAAAAGAAGUUCUUGGAGGUGUUAUUGCUGGAGGACUGGUUGGCUUGGUGUUCGCAGUGUUUCUAGUUGCAUUUAUGCUGUACAGAAUGAAGAAAAAAGACGAAGGAAGCUAUUCACUGGAUGAACCGAAACAGUCUAACGGAGGAUACCAAAAACCACACAAACAAGAAGAGUUCUAUGCAUAAACACUGCUCUUCAGGACACUUCGUUACAUCUUUCUUGGACUCUUCUCUCCCUGCACAUGGACCUCUUAGUGCGCUUUGCAUUGAACUUAAGCCAUAUGAUCAUUGGGUUAUUUGCCCUUACCACCUUGCCGUUGGAAAUUUUAUAACUACAAAGUAGAUCUGGAUUCACUGAACGUUCCCUGCUUUCUUGCACAACUUUUUUUUUUUUAAACAGAAGUGGGACUGCAAGUUCCUAAACUCGCUUUGGUUUAUCUUAAAGACUGCUUGGGCAGGCGAUGGGGAGAAGAUAAAGGAGCACUGUAUGUAUGAACCGUUUGAUAUUUAGGGAAAGGGAUGGCAAGAAUAAAUGAUUAACAGUGCUCAAAUUCUCUAUUGCAGGGAUCCUUCCUAUUUAACUCAUAGAUGUGUUUUUAAGUGUAACAAAUGGCUGCACUGGGCAGAAGUUUGGUACACUGCAAUACUCUAGCUCUUUCUAGCUGCCGUACUUGGAGCAUUUAAUGCCUAUGAAACAUCAUGCUGAACAUGAUUGCUAGUGAAAGGAGGUGUGAGGGGAGGGGUAAGCAAAUGACUUAGUGGUUUAGAAUAACUUAUAUUUGGGAAAGAUCGCAAUGUUAUCCCAUAUGCUGAACCAGCUCCUAUGCAGCUGGCACAUAUACUAAAACCAAACCAACCUAAAGACCCAAAAACUAAGUAGAGAUUUCAUUUUACCAGUUGCAUUGGUCUGUCUCAUCACCAUCUUGCCCAUUCUAGGCUUUGGUAAGAAAUGGAUUUUUCUAAGCAAUCUCAUCUCAGAUAUUCCCUCUUCUUCAGUGCUGAGUCUUCUUGGCUGCCCUGCUGCAAAUACUCCAACCUGUGCUGUGUAGUUGCCAGAUGACUGAUGGCACGUUGUAGCACCUACCACUGUGCACUGCUUACAGAGUAGUCUCAGAUCGUGGCCUGCCUCCUACAGUACAGAAAACCUUGGCACAGGGGGUGAAAGGUAGAAAGCAGCAUAUUGUAAUUUUGCAGCUAAGGAGUAGAGAAACACAGCAUCUGACACAAGCCUGAUGAAGGCUUAGUGUAGAUGACCUUAAAUAUAUACAAGUUGAUGUGCUUGACUCUCGUGACUCUGGAAUGCCUCUCUUCAGGGGCUGUUCCUGCACUUUGCAGAGAAGCAACCCUUGGGAUGUCAGACUAGCAAGGGUUAAGAAGCACCUCCUGAGGGAAGUCUGGAUGCCUGACGCUCUUGGUGGUCCAUUCAUUGCCACAUGGAAGGCACCGAAGCCUCACUGAGGGUUUGGAGUUCUCCAGAGCAUCUCAAACCGAGCAGGAAGAGAAGUGUGGUGUUCUGCACAAGCCUUACUUCUGCUCUGCCUUCGCCUAGCUCCUCGCAAGGUCAGUUGGACAUCACUCAGCACAGAAGGCAUGGGGGGUGGAGGAGCAUUUACAGCUGAUGUACGUUUUUGUGCUGGUGAGCCAGAGGGAAUGAUUGGAGAAUACUGGAGAGCAUUGCGACAGCUGGUAGAAAUGUUGCACAUUAACACUAAAACUCGAAAACCUGUACAAUUAAAUGAAGUAUAAAACACUCCUGAGCUGCUAUGCAGCUAAAAUCAGUGCCUUCUCUACAAGCCCAAGAAAAAACACUUUUUGAUUCAAAACUCUUCUUGAUGCCUAAGAAACCCUUGUGCAUACAUGUAGCUGGCUGUUUUUAAGUAAAGCUGCAAAGUCCAUUAUGUCUUUUUUUUUUUUUUUAACUGAAUGAUUUUUUUUUUAUAGGUUAAUGCAACAACCAGACGGUGUUAAUUUCAGCUGUAAUUCUUUGCUUUGUAUAGGAAUGUAGAAAUGUUGUUUGAUAGGUUUAUCUAUGAAAAGAUUCUUGUAAAGCACAGGAAGAUGAAAUGGUAAACUUCAGUUGUACCUCAGAACCUUGCUGAGGGAAAGGAAAAACUGUAUAUUUUGGUAGUCUAAACUGACAGUUUGUGAAACAAACACGACAUUCUGUGUUAUUUAAGUGGUACAAAUGAAAUACAAGUUCUAACAGAAGAUGCAACAUUCGGAUAUCUGUAUGCCGUGUAAAGGUAUACUGCAAUAAAUGGCAUUUUGGCAAGAA